AUGGUCGCUAUUUCGGAUACUAAUAAUUCUGAUAAACAAUUAAAUAACAAUGGAAACAAUAAAGAAAAGGGGAUUACUGAAAGUAUACUUUCUUAUCCCAAAGGUGUUUUCUUUAUGUUAGGAAAUGAAUUUUGUGAACGUUUUUCUUUUUAUGGAAUGAGGGCAAUUCUUAUUAUUUAUCUAACUACUGAUUAUCAAUUAUCAGAAAAUGUUGCAAAGCAGUAUUAUCAUGUUUUUGUUUCUCUUGCCUAUUUAUCUCCACUUUUUGGUUCAGUUUUGGCUGAUAAUUAUUUUGGACGUUUUCACGUAAUUCUUUGGGUUUCUUUAAUUUAUGUUCUUGGACACUUACUUUUAUCAAUUGGUGCCAUUCCAUUUCUUGAGAAAUCUGCAAAAUUAGGGCUGGAUAUUUCUGGAUUAGCAGUUAUCGCUAUAGCUACAGGUGGAAUUAAACCAUGUGUUUCUGCAUUUGCUGCAGAUCAAUUCAGAGAUGAUCAACAUCGUGAAAGAACACAAUUCUUUUCUUUUUUCUAUUUUGCUAUAAAUGCUGGUUCUUUAAUUGCCAUAGCAGUAACACCUUUACUUAGAAGAGUUAGAUGUUUAGAUUCUGAACAUUGUUUUCCGUUGGCAUUUGGUGUCCCUGGUGUUUUAAUGCUCCUUGCUUUUUUAACAUUUUUGGCUGGUUGGCGCUUUUACAAAAUAACACCCGCUAGUAAAGGGAAUAUUCUUUGGAGAGUUGUUAAAUGUAUUUGUUAUGCUUUACGGGCAAAAUUAAAUUCUAAUUUAAGUAGGAAAAGAACAUACAAUAUAGAAUGUCAACCUUCUCAUUGGUUAGAUUAUGCUUUACCAAAAUAUGAUGCGCAUCUAGUUGCUGGAGUUAAAAGUAUGGUUUCUAUUGUUGUUUUAUAUAUUCCUGUUGUAUUUUUCUGGGCACUUUUUGAUCAACAGGGAAGUACUUGGGUAUUACAAGCAACUAGAAUGGAUGGACAUGUUGGAUGGUUUACUAUAUUACCUGAUCAGAUGAACACUUUAAAUCCUUUGUUUGUUCUUAUACUUGUACCAAUGUUUGAAGCUUGGAUAUAUCCAAGUGGAAUAUUGGCAGCUGUAGCUUUUUGUAUAGCAGGAUUUGUACAGAUAAAAAUAAAUUCAACAAUGGAGCCAAAACCAGCAAUUGGAAAUUCAUUUAUUUAUAGAAUGGGAAAUGCUAGUAAUGUUGAAUUAUUUGCUGUUAAUGGUUCUGAUGUUAAAAUACGUGCAGAUAAUGGGAAACAAGAAAUAUGGGCUAGUAAUUAUACUUUUGAAACCAGAGAAUUAAAUAAUGACAAUAUAUUAAAAAAUUCUUUAUAUUUGGCUUUGGAAGGCGAAGUAGCGCCUAAAAGUUAUGUUCUUGGAGUUUUUGAAUUUCCUAAUGGAACAAUAAGAAUGGCAGACUUUCCCUAUACCUGUGAAAAAACAAAAAAUGGAAAAACUCGUUUUUAUUUUUUAAUAUUAAACGAUUCUUUGCUUUAUGGAACAGAGGCUGUUGCUGUAGAUAUAAAUGGAAGGGUAUCUAACGCAACAAUUUUUAAUGGAAAUUAUAUUGAAAUACAACCUGGAUUUUUCUCAAAAUCUUUUAAUUAUAAAAUUGGUUUUAAUUGUACAAAAACAGAAGAGUUUGAUGUUACUAAAUGUGUAAAAUAUAUUAAUGUGGAAGCACAAAUGGGGGCAGCUUUUGUAAUUGAUUUGGUUCAAGAAGAAGAAAAUAAUAAUAUGACAACAACAAACAAUAAUAUUGGUCAAUUAGUUCGUUCAAAUAGUGUGAGUAUUUUAUGGCAAUUUCCACAAGUUUUGGUUAUGACGAUUGGUGAAAUACUUUUUUCUGUUACCGGAUUAGAAUUCUCAUAUUCACAAGCAGCACCAAGCAUGAAAAGUGUAUUACAAGCACUUUGGUUAUUAACUGUGUUCUUUGGUAAUGUUGUUGACGUUAUAAUUUCUCAUCUUGAAAUACCCGAUCCAGUUGCCGAAUUCUUUAUUUACGCAACAUUAAUGUUUUUAGUUAUUGGAAUAUUUAUUAUUUUGGCUGUUCGUUAUAUUUACGUUGAUGUAAAUUUUUAA